CUGUCCCUGUGGCUCAGCCUGCGGCUCCUCGGGGCUCGGGAAUCUGCUGCCCCAACCGGAUGCGCCCGGAGCCCAGCUUUUUCCCGGGGGCUGGGCCGCCAGCUUUAUAAGCGCGGGCUCCAGGGAGAAGCCCAGCCUCUCGAGGAACCUUGCUCUCGCUCUCUCGCUCUCGCUCUCGCUCUCGGGUGCGACCCUGCGUCCCUCGCCCUCCCGGGGAGGAAGCAAGAUGCAUUUCAGGAACUUUAACUACAGUUUUAGCUCCUUAGUCGCCUGUGUGGCAAACGGUGACAUCUUCAGCGACAGUGACACCAGGGCCAAGUUCGAGUCCCUCUUUAGGACCUACGACCAGGACAUCACCUUCCAGUACUUCAAGAGCUUCAAGCGCGUCCGGAUCAACUUCAGCAGCCACUUGUCUGCCGCCGACGCCCGGCUGCGCCUGCACAAGACCCAGUUCCUCGGGAAGGAGAUGAAGCUGUACUUUGCGCAGACGCUGCACAUCGGGAGCCCCCACCUGGCCCCCCCAAACCCGGACAAGCAGUUUCUGAUCUCUCCUCCCGCCUCGCCGCCUGUCGGCUGGAAGCAAGUGGAAGACGCCACCCCCGUCAUAAAUUACGAUCUCUUAUACGCCAUCUCCAAGCUAGGGCCAGGGGAAAAGUACGAGCUGCACGCGGCCACCGCCACCACGCCCAGCGUCGUGGUGCACGUGUGCGAGAGCGAGCAGGAGGAGGAGGAGGAGGAGAUGGAAAGGACGAAGAGGCCCAAACCCAAGAUCAUCCAGACCAGGCGGCCGGAGUACGCGCCCCUCCACCUGAGCUGAGGGCGGCCGCGCGGUCCGGUCACACCGGUCACACCGGUCACACCGGUCACACCGGAGGAACCUAUUACUGCGAGGCGGCCUCGGCCUGGGAGCAGCUGCCGGGCCGCAGUGCGCACAGUCCCGCUCUCAUCAGCGGAGGACCGGGCUUGGUCUCCUGGCCCCGGGAUGUCCGCCAGUCACGCAGCUGGGUCAUCGCACACGGACCUCAGGGGGCGUCUCACGCAAACCCGGCAGCGGUCCAUUUCGUCCCUUUCCCAGUGGUUCUGGUUCUGCCAAGGGCAGGCUGAUCCCCAGCAGCCCUCGGGGUAGACCCUCCGGGGUGAGUGCCCGCGACCACGAAGCGUCUGAGGCGGGAGCUGGGGGACCGCAGUGCCGUGUGGACACGUGGCGCCCCCACCUCCCUCCCGCCCGACGGUCCUGCAUGUCUGUUACCGGCCCCAGAACUAACUGUCCGUGCCGCUCCCCCUCGUUCUGCAUGUCGGGAGGUCAGCAUGGGAGCUGCCACCUUCCCGGCUCGCGGCUCCUACCGGAUCCGGGGCUUGGCGUCCUGCGGCGCAGCCUGUCGCCGUGCUCACUGACAGUCCGUCUGAGGGCCAAGGUGGGGUCCCCUCCCGCGUCAGAGAACAGCAGGCUCCCCGCCGGCCUUUGGUGGGGCAGGCCUCUGGGCUUGGUGUCGGUCUGCCUGUCUCUUUCACACGGUGUUUAUGAUUCCUGGGAAUGGCUGGGUGAGGUAGCUGGGGUUUGCCUCACGGAACAUCGAGGUGAACUUGUAAAUAAAGCCGGUGGCAUCUGUUCACACCUGCCGUGCACCUGGUGGAGACACAUGGCAGAGGGAGCCCAGCUGGUGGCGGUGGCCCCUGGGGCGUGUGCGGUAGGACUCUGAGCUGUGGCUGGGCAGUGGGCACCGGACGUGAGCGGGACACAGUGCCUUCCCCCUCGCUCACGCGGUUCCCUCUGACUCUCCUCGUAGUUGUACGUCUGGGAGGCAGGUGUUCUGUUCUGGCCUUAAAGCACCAUGACAACGUCUUUCAUUUUAAACUCCUCCCGCUGCCGAGGAACAGUGCGGCUCUGGGGCUGUGGCUGGUUCUCUUUAAGGAAGCGAGCACGUUUGGUGGUUCAUGUAAGAACCUAACUGAAUGUUCUCCAAACCCUGUUUAUGGUGCUCGGCGGGGGGCUGGGCCUCGGGGUUCCCGGCGGAGAGCGUAGCUGGCGGCCAGCCUCCGAGUGUCUGGCUGACUGCUUUCCACAAUAAACCGCACCGCGUGCUCUCAUGGA